ACUCUGUAUGGCUGGAGGCAACCAGCUUUCGCAUCUCAAAAUGGCUAGUAGUUUUUCAGGAUUUCGUGACGAGUACGAAUUCAACGACGACGAGAGUGAUUUGUCUGACAGGGAGUACUGCAAAGAUCUAGCUUCUGAUUCAGGCACAGAGGAUGCAAGUGAAACAGAUAUGGUUAAGAUGGAAGAAGAGUUUACAGAAAUUAAGGAACAGAUGUACCAGGAUAAGCUAGCAUCAUUGAAGACUCAGCUAAAGCAGUUACAAGAAGGCAGUCAUAUUGAGUAUAACAAGCAGCUGAAGAAGCUGGAGGUCCAGUAUCGUGAGAGGAAGCGACUUGCAGAGAUAUACCAUGCCUAUGCUGUCACGGCAAUCGACCAAGAGUACAUAAAUGAGAAGAAAGCAGCUGUGAAGGAAUUUGAGGAGAAGAAGAUUGAGCUCAAGGAGAACCUCAUAAUCGAAUUGGACGAGAAAAAGAGAAUGGUUGACGGCGAGCGGCAUUCUAUGGAACUGACUGGAGACUCUAUGGAAGUGAAGCCAGUAACGACGAGGAAGCUGCGAAGGAGGCCGCACGACCCGCCGCCCAUCGCUAACAAGGUCGGCCGCAAGAACGGCGUCAGCACGCUCAACAUCGUGCUCAGCGACACAGACAUAGCCGACGACAUGAAGGUCAUCGCCAAGGGCAAAGGAUUGUCGUCGACCGGCGUGAAGAAGCCAAAUCCGAGUAUAUCUACAGACACACAACCAGAAUACCGAAUAGAAGAUGGGAAACUUUUCUAUGAAAAGAAGUGGUUUCAUCGGGGAAAUGCGAUUUUCUUGGAAGGCAAAGACAUUGGUAAAAUCAGUGCUGUGAUUAGUGCUAUUGGAGCAAAUGAGUUCUGCGUGAGAAAGGUAACAGAUAGCACCAAGAUGAAGAUAUUUCUUUCACAACUUCAAAAGGCCAAGUACACGAUACGCAGACGAACAAACACUAGCUGAUGUUGACCAUGAUAUAACCUGUGAUCCGAUAUGUACAUUCAAUGUGAGCAAUUUAAUGUAAUAUAUAUAGAGGUAAGCGUCACUAAUCUAACUGCAACAUAGGAGGAUGUUAUCUGGAGGAUUUUCCAGUGCAUUUUGCCAACGUCUCUUUCCAGAUUAAUAUAUUUUCCAAUUUUCUGGAACUUCAAAAUUCACCAUCUCUGGAGUAAUAAAUUCAAGUUGCUAUAUCUGCUUAUCUUUACAUGAUAGAAGAAACAUAUAUAUGCAGGUUUCCAUUGUUUUAUAAUCACGAGCAUUUCCAUGAGCAAAGUAAUUCCCAACUCUUGCAUUGAUGGUCUUGGUUUUCAUCACCAGAAGUCAAGUAUAAAUUUCCUCUAAGCAUUAAAGUGUAAAUAGAAGGAUGCAAUGUUGAACACUGCAUGGUUAAAGGCCUGCCUAAUUACAAGUGUAGUUUUAUAUUGUGGAACAAUUGCACAAAUAUAUUGGUAAACUUAAACUUCUGUAAUGUAAUAAGUUAUAUUUUGAUUUUCAGUGUGUUAGAAAAUCUUGAAACAUUGUGUAAAUGACAGUAUAUUUUUAUUUGUCAAAUGAUUUCUUUUAUAUAUCCAUAUAUUAAAUAUCAUUCAGAUUGUACUAGUCUCUAGUAUGCUCAACUCUAUUGCUGUUUAUUCUACAUACACAUAGUUAAUAAUAGAAAUGGGUACCCUGGUUAAAACACCUGUAAUUUUACAUAUUGCAGAUGUCCAUCUGAAAUUAUCACACUGUCAGUAAGAGAACGCACAUUCUGACAUCCUGAUUUAGUCAACAGCAUCGUACAAAACCAUCACAUAUCAUGUGUAUACUAUUUUAAUACAAAUAACAAAUUAUAACAACGCACACGCAUCACCAGUAUAAAUCUUUUGAAAAACUAUAAAAAUUUGUUUAUAUGGUUUCUGACAAACUUUACAUUUCCGAAAGAAUACAUUU